CAAGAUGGCGGCGUGAGCAGUUGUGUGUUUUGGAGCUGAGAAACAAAAGUAAGGUUUACUCAUUUCUAAAAACAUAAAAUGUUGUAAACUGGCAAAAAUCAAUUGAUUAAAGCAACAACCAAGGUACAAGGCGUUUGUUGGAAGACAUGGUCAUUGAAAAUUGACAAAAGGUAAUAUUGGGAUACGGUCGCGUGCUAACUUUGGAAAGACGAUACAAUGCAGGACUUUCUUGAAAUUGAGAUGGAGUCUGCUGCAAAGGAAAAGAGGCAAUUACAAGACGCUCACUCAUAUGCAUGCAAAGUGAAAGAUGGAGGUAACUGCACAUCUGACCCAAACACGCCAAUUAAACAGUCAAAAAAGAAGUCCAGGACCAAUGAAGGAAAUGAACCGUCUCUCAGUGAACUACAGGAAAACAUCAUCCGAAUCUUGACUGCGAAAAUUGACGAGAGAGCUGAUCAAACAGACAAGGCAGUGCAACAAAAUACUCUCCAAAUUGAAGGUAUUAAGAAGUCACUUGAUAGCUGCCAUCAAGAUGUAGCCGACUUAAAAAAUGAAAAUGCAUGCCUCAAAGCACAGUGCACAGAAUUUCAGAAAAAGAUUUCAGAAUUUGAGCAAAAAAUAAAUGAUGCUGAACGGUACAAUAGACGAUGGAAUCUGCGCCUGUACGGGUUACGUGAGAAACCAGACGAAAACAUCAAAGAGGUUGUGAUAGAUACAUGCAGAGAGGUGUUCCCAGUGGCACAACACAGUUCUGUAAUCGAAGCCAUAGAUGUGGUGCACAGGAUCGGCAGACUUCAAGAUUUAAAGAACAGCAAUGCCCCAAGACCCGUGAUCAUCAGAUUUCUCUCCCGGUCUGCCAGGGAUAUGGUGUGGAAGCUCUCAAAAGCAAACGAUCUCCUGUUCAAGAAGCAUCUUCGUUUCAAGGAAGACCUGACUUUGGCUGAUAAAGAGGCACGCAGAAAAUUAUGGCCACUUGUGGAGAAGGCGAGAAAAGAAGGAAAACGAGCGCAUUAUGUUGGUGACACCCAGAAGCUCUCAGAUCUGAGGAUUGUGUUAAUAGGGAACAGAAGAUCUGGUAAGAGUUCAUCAGGAAACAUCAUCCUGAACAGAGAGGAGUUUGACUUGAAGACAUCUGCUCAGUGUGUGAAGAGACAGAGAGAAGUAGCAGACAGACACAUCACUGUGAUUGAAGCUCCUGGAUGGUGGAAAAAUGAACCUGUAGAGGAGAGUCCUGAGUUACUGAAAGAAGAGAUUUUACUCAGUGUGUCUCUGUGUCCUCCAGGACCUCACAUUGUUCUUCUGGUUAUACGUGUGGACAGAAGAUUUAAAGAGGAUGAGAGAAAAGUAUUUCAGGGUUAUGUUGAUCUUCUGGGUGAGAGAGUCUGGAGUCACACUAUAGUGCUCUUCACUCAUGGAGACUUUCUAGGAGACACAACUAUAGAGAAACACAUUGAGAGUGAAGGUGAGGAUCUCCAGUGGCUGGUGGAGAAAUGUGGGAACAGAUAUCAUCUUCUCAACAAUAAGAACAGAAGUGAUGAGACUCAGAUCAAAGAUCUUCUGGAGAAGAUAGAGGAGACAGUGACUGAAAACAACGGCUGCUGUUUUGAAAUGGACAGAAUGAUUUUACAGGAGAUGAAAGAGAGAAGGAGAGCAGAGAAAGAGAGAGCAGAAGAACGAAUGAAGAGGAUGAAGAAACAGAGAGAGAUGAUCAGAUCACAGAUGAGUGAAACUCAGAAGCUCUCAGAUUUGAGGAUUGUAUUAAUGGGAUAUAAAUGUGCUGGUAAGAGUUCAUCAGGAAACAUCAUCCUAAACAGAGAGGAGUUUGACUUGAAGACAUCUGCUCAGUGUGUGAAGAAACAGAGAGAAGUAGCAGACAGACACAUCACUGUGAUUGAAGCUCCUGGAUGGUGGAUUAAUGAACCUGUAGAGAAGAGCUCUGAAUUACUGAAAGAAGAGAUUUUACUCAGUGUGUCUCUGUGUCCUCCAGGACCUCACAUUGUUCUUCUGGUUAUACGUGUGGACUACAGUUUUAAAGAGGAAAAUAGAAAAGUAUUACAGGGUUAUGUUGAUCUUCUGGGUGAGAGAGUCUGGAGUCACACUAUAGUGCUCUUCACUUAUGGAGACUUUCUAGGAGACACAACUAUAGAGCAACACAUUGAGAGGGAAGGUGAGGAUAUCCAGUGGCUGGUGGAGAAAUGUGGGAACAGAUAUCAUCUUCUCAACAAUAACAACAGAAGUGAUGAGACUCAGAUCAAAGAUCUGCUUGAGAAGAUAGAGGAGACAGUGACAGAAAACAACGGCUGCCAUUUUGAAUUGGACAGAAAGAUUUUACAGGAGAUGAAAGACAGAAGGAAAGCAGAGGAAGAGAGAGCAGAAGAACGAAUGAAGAGGAUGAAGAAACAGAGAGAGAUGAUCAGAUCACAGAUGAGUGACACUCAGAAGCUCUCAGAUCUGAGGAUUGUGUUAAUGGGGAAUAAAUGUGCUGGUAAGACUUCAUCAGGAAACAUCAUCCUGAACAGAGAGGAGUUUGACUUGAAGACAUCUGCUCAGUGUGUGAAGAGACAGAGAGAAGUAGCAGACAGACACAUCACUGUGAUUGAAGCUCCUGGAUGGUGGAGAAAUUAUACUGUAGAGGAGAGCACUGAGUUACUGAAAGAAGAGAUUUUACUCAGUGUGUCUCUGUGUCCUCCAGGACCUCACAUUGUUCUUCUGGUUAUACGUGUUGACAGAAGAUUUAAAGAGGAAGAUAGAAAAGUAUUACAGGGUUAUGUUGAUCUUCUGGGUGAGAGAGUCUGGAGUCACACUAUAGUGCUCUUCACUUGUGGAGACUUUCUAGGAGACACAACUAUAGAGCAACACAUUGAGAGUGAAGGUGAGGAUCUCCAGUCACUGGUGAAGAAAUGUGGAAACAGAUAUCAUCUUCUCAACAAUAAGAACAGAAGUGAUGAGACUCAGAUCAAAGAUCUGCUGGAGAAGAUAGAGGAGACAGUGACAGAAAACAACGGACGCCAUUUUGAAAUGGACAAAAAUAUAUUACAAGAGAUGGAAGAGCGAAAGAGAGCAGAGAACAAGAGAGCAGAAGAACGAAUGAAGAGGAUGAAGAAACAGAGAGAGAUGAUCAGAUCACAGAUGGAUGACACUCAGAAGCUCUCAGAUCUGAGGAUUGUGUUAAUGGGGUAUAAAAGAUCUGGUAAGAGUUCAUCAGUAAACAUCAUCCUGAACAGAGAGGAGUUUGACUUGAAGACAUCUGCUCAGUGUGUGAAGAGACAGAGAGAAGUAGCAGACAGACACAUCACUGUGAUUGAAGCUCCUGGAUGGUGGAUUGAUGAACAUGUAGAGAAGAGCCCUGAGUUACUGAAAGAAGAGAUUUUACUCAGUGUGUCUCUGUGUCCACCAGGACCUCACAUUGUUCUUCUGGUUAUACGUGUGGACCACAGAUUUAAAGAUGUUGAGAGAAAAGUAUUUGAGGGUUAUGUUGAUUUUCUGGGUGAGAGAGUCUGGAGUCACACUAUAGUGCUCUUCACUCAUGGAGACUUUCUAACAGACACAACUAUAGAGAAACACAUUGAGAGUGAAGGUGAGGAUCUCCAGUGGCUGGUGGAGAAAUGUGGGAACAGAUAUCAUCUUCUCAACAAUAACAACAGAAGUGAUGAGACUCAGAUCAAAGAUCUUCUGGAGAAGAUAGAGGAGACAGUGACAGAAAACAACGGCCACCAUUUUGAAAUGGACAGAAAGAGAGCAGAAGGAGAGAGAGCAAGAUCACAGAUUAUGGCUGAAGAUGAGAUGUUUGAUACAGUCUCUCUGAUGAGUUCUGCUUACGGUUCUGUCAGAUCGCGAUCAGUGAGAGGAGAUGAGAUGUCUGAUACAGUCUCUCUGGGAAGUUCUGCUUAUGGUUCAUUCAGAUCUCGAUCAGGGGCAGACAACAGUUCAGUUUUUGCAUCAUCACGCUCAAGAGAUCAACCUCUCAACUUUGGAGUGAAAGGAGAUGAGAUGUCUGAUGCAGUCUCUCUGGGAAGUUCUGGUUAUGGUUCGUUCAGAUCUCGAUCAGGUGGAGACAACAGUUCAGUUUUUGCAUCUUCACGCUCAAGAGAUCAACCUCUCAACUUUGCUGAUGGAUCUUCACACUCCACUUCUGAGUCUGAGGAACAUUCAGGAACCAAAAGAACAAAGAACCCAGCCAGGCUCUUAAGUUUUUUUAUGAAGAGGCAAACAGAAUAACUAAGGAGAAAAAAAAUCUGUAAUGCUGUUUUCACCUAAAAUUAAUGAAAUAAAUCGUCCCUGACUUAAAGCAACACUAAAGAGCUCCCCCUACAGGUUAGAAGCGUAAUUGUUCAUUAGCACUGUCGUAAAUACUGCAGCAUAGCUGGCUCUGAUUGGAUUGUAAGACUGCCAUAAAGCAAGUUUUUGUAGUUUUCACUCGAACUACAGGACCACUACCCGACUGUUGGAAACUUCUUUAGUGCGGUUUUGGCCAAUAGAGGGCUGCAAAGCGAAUGUGAAAGUGCCAUUCACCCUGUAUCAAGUGGAUGAACCACUGAAACUUUUUUGGAAACGUUAUUUUAAGGUAAAAAAAACUCUUUGGUGUUGCUUUAACAUAAAUUCUGUUAUAAAGAGUUUUCCAUCCAUCUAAAACCCCCCAAAAUGACCAUAAAAUUGGCAGAUAGGCUUCUGUGUGAACACAAACGCUUCCCGUAAAUGUUCUGGAAUCAACCCAUAUAGAGGAUGGUUUCUACACAGCAUUUUAUAAAUGAGGCCCCAGGCAGAGGCGUCAUGCCCAUUGAAACUGAGGGGGCACGUGCCCCCUCGGAUUUUUGAGCCAAAUGGAUUUUGCAAGCAACCUCAAAAAUAAAAAAAGCGUCCAUUAAUCUUUUAAUCUGUUUAAAAUGCCCAAAUUAUCAAUUUUCUGCUGCAUCCGUGUCACUUUUCAGAGUUUUGGUAGUGUUUUGAUCGUGUACAUUACUUUAUUCUGGCGGCAGUCGGCGCAGCCGCAGACGUAAGCGUCUGAGCGCGCUCACGAGCUUAGCUGUUGCUGCUCGACCUUAUUAGCAGGGGCGGUGUUUGCGUAUGGCAGUUGCCAUACCCUAGCAUUCAGACAAAACACCAGAAAUCAACAGGCUAUAAUGAUGCUCAUUAAAGAUAAUUUAAAAUAUUUUCAGUAGAACAUAUCUAAACAUUGUUACAUCACUAAUAAGUAUCAUUUACACGUGUGUUCGACUUCAUGCUAUGACACUGGAACCAACAAGCGGAUGACAUCAACGUGCCGUGACAGCGGUUUGAAAUCAAACUCUUCCGAUGAUUCCUCGAGUCACCCUCGCGGUACUUUGACGUCAUCAGCCUGUCGUUCUUACAGCGCAGCUUGAAGUCGAACACAAUAGGCUUGUUUGAGAUGAGCAUAUUCUGCGCAGAAUCGAUCACCGGUGAUCAGCGCAAGAUGCAUUCCGGUUAGAAAAGUGUCCGACUUACGUCCGACUUGCUCUGAUGUCACGCUGACGUGUACAAAAUAACUCUCGCGAUGGAGAGGCGGGCUCGUCGGAUUCUACAGCCGAGCGCAGUUGCUCUCCACCGACUGCGUUGACGAAAAGCACGAUGGGAAAAGACUUGCUGACGACAUAAGGUGCGUUCCAUUCGACCGUAAGUGGACUGCGAAGUGGACUUCACAGGGUAUUCCGCCAUCUUAAGUGAGAUUCCAAUCCGAAGGGAGCGAACAUGUUCAGUUCGAAGGGCACUGCGCACGGCAUAGGGAAUCAGGGAACAUCGAUACAUCACUUCACAGGAAGUGGAGAGCGAUAAUCACCCAACUGUCAUUGCGCGCAUCACGUGAUCACGAGUCAGAACGGUCAGACCGCUAUGCAAUUAUGAGACAAUCGUUUAAAAACACAUA